AUGGCGGACGGCACAGACACCAGCACAAAGAAACAAAGUCCCGGGGACUGGGCCGCUGCCUUUCAGGCAAAGUUUGAUGCAGUCUGCGAACGCUUCUGGGCACAGUUGGAGGAUAGGCACCAGUCACUACAGCCAUCAACGGCUAGCACCACGUCACGGGCAUCCACACUGCACCAACCAGACAGUGCUAACUCACACCAGACCAAGAAGCAGAUGGUGAAGGCCCAACCGGGAAAAGCACUCUACGACACUCCACGGACAGCAGACAACCAACUGAAAGGCCGACCUAUAGCACUACACAGCCAGAGACUUACCCACAAGCGGCAGCCACACACGCUCAAGAAGAGCAAAUGGAGCACCACGCGGGAGACCCAGGGCCCAACUACGACUCAGGCACGCAGAAACGGAGCACCGGCUCACCAGCGAACCCAGAGGUGGAAGGGUUCCCCACCUCCACAGCGCCCCGUUGAAACUAAACGCACACCUAGACAUACUCACCCACUCCACCUGGCAGCAACCGGGGCCAGAAGCCUGCACCCUUCAGCACCACCACAGUCCCGGAUCCUGCCAACACACCAACUACUUCAACCGGCUUCCGUGCGCAGAAACCCGACCAACCCCGCCAGAAGAAUGAAACAUGGGACACCCAAGACAGGCAACGGAGGCAUGGGAUCCCGGGCUGCGCACCCGCUCCGGUCGGAGUCACUAACGGGCCACAGAAAGGACUAUCUGCUCCAGCACAUAAGUGGUAUCGGGUGA